AUGCCAGAACUACCAACUGCAAAGACCGACACACCCUUGCUCACCCCAUCCGAUAUCACAACACAGCAGCCCAACACACCCGAUCUAAGUAACCCAUUUGCGUAUGCAGGAAAUCCCAUCCAACCAGCACUGUCAACAGAGCAAGAUACGAUCCCAUUGAACAAUGAAAACGCUACCACCGCCUUUAACAGCCCCAUUUCGUCCAACACGACAGAUCCUGAAGUAGUCAAACUAAAGAGCUCCAUUUGGAAAAAGGCUGGACAGCUUCAAUCCGCCAUUGGAUCGCUUACAGGUUUAGAGAGUUGGCAAACAUCGGGAAGAAAAACAGAACAAGACGCAGAAAGGGAGCGCAGGGAGGCAGAAGAUAGAUUAAAUCAAGGAGAAGCUAGCAGAGUGCAUGGAGAGUACGAGCGGUUGAUGGGCUAUGUCAAUUAUGCCAUAGGACAUGUUGCCGGUGACUCAGAGAUGCAAUCCAAGGCGAGUGAGCGAGCAGAGCAUGGUGCAGCUGAAGUAGAUAGAAGUAUAAGCAAACGUUGA